UUAACUUAAUCGAAAUGGAAGAGCGAAUUGAAUUGACCAAUGAGAACACGUCUUCUAUUUUGGGUGAUUGAGGAAAAGUUCCUGUGGUUUAAAAACGACAGAAAGUGCAUUGCUUCUUCGUGUUUAUUGCCGGUGUAAACAGAUAUUAGGUAUUUUUACAAACUAUGAUCUUUCCUCGAUCGAUAGAGACCGGGCGUGUUAGAUUUGACGUCCUAGAAAUAUAAAAAAAGAGACGAAUGAAAAUUUGAGGUAGCGAUUUUUGGGAUUCUGGAUUCCUCCCUUGUGUAAAUAUAGAAUAGAGAGGGUCAAUUCGUGACGAGCCCCUGUGCUAUAUUCGCGAAAGUUCCCCAGGAAUGGAAGUCGGCAAAGAAUAUGAGAUGCUGAGCAAUAUUCAAGAAGAAUUCACUACAAUAAAAAUCCAAGAGAAGGAAUCUGAUGUCGUCAUUAAAUUCACAUCAAACUUUGUUGUUACUGAUAGCAACGAUGAGCUUGGCAGAAGGCUCUGAUAUAGUGCUAGAUCCAGAAUAUUGCGGAAUUUCUAAGAAAACCAGGAGCACAGUGAAGACAUGUCCAGUCGAUGAAGCGUCAUGGUUGAAGGCUGCAAAUCAGAUGGAUUGUUCAAAGUAUGAUGGGAAAUGCAGCGGGAAUUUGAAAUACCAUUGUCUUAUCAAUCCUUGGCAAAACGAGACAGUGCAAGUGUGCGCACCACCCACACGAAUUCGUUCAGGUUAUUGUGCAGAAUACAAUACCAGAGGAGGGAAAGUACAGGAGUUCUACAUUAAUAAUUGUAAAGCAUGCAGUAGAGAUUACCAGUCGACAGAAGCCUAUAAAUACCAGGAAUGUUAUUCUCAAGUUUAUAAACAAACACACCGACAAACACUGCAAAGCACACAGCCAACAAAUGGGCAUCUAACAAAGUACCCACAGUCACCGAUGGGAGAGAGGAAAGCGAAGAGUCCACCAAUGCUUCGGAAUACCAGUAUCGGAAGUAAUGUCCACAGUCAAGUUGUCAAUGUUUGUGCUGCAUGCAUUUUGCAACUCAUCACCAAAAUUAUUGGAACAUAAGACACAGACAAUGCUCAUCUUUCAACAUGGUGAGCUUUAUCUAUAAUUCAGAAUACAUGUACUAGGAAAUAGAAAGAAGUGUUUGAAAGUGUUUUCGUGAGUACGACAAUCAGUCGUGCAUCCUUUAGAUAAGGAUAAAACACUUUAUACAAGGACUUAGCACAAUCUGACGCCUUGAUUAUGUCGAAACAGCAUCAGUGGUGUAAUUUUUCUGUUGAAAUAUAUUUUUGCAUGUGUAAUUUAAUCUUUUCAAAAUCAAAUUUUACAUUGCGCAGCAUUGCUGUUACUCAAAUGUAGAUAAAAUACUUAACAGGAACGUCGCAACAAUUUGAUAUUUUUCAAGAAGAGUGGAAUAGAAUUAAUAAGAAUGUUUUUACUAUUACAAAGGAUACAAAGUUACAGUAAUUGCAAUAACGUAUGAUCAUAACAUUUUAGUUACGCAAUUUCUGUUAAAAGUAAGGAAAA